AGCGUCCUAUGCUCCAGUCACUCUGGUCAAUGGGGUUAUCCUAUACGCGGGAAUUUUACUACUGCCCUUUUCUGCUCAAUCUACCAUUCAAACUGACGCUGAAGAUAGUCGGGCACCAUGUCCAAGAGCCUUGCAGACCAUGUCGAGGAUAUUGCCAAUCAACCUAUCCAGAAGGGCAAACCGGAUAUAUCAAAAGAGUAUCGAGACCCCAACUCCAUCGACCCAGUAGUACGGGCGAGGGUGGUGCGGAAGAUCGAUUGCUUCGUGAUUCCCUUCAUCUGCAUCACUUACCUGAUCACGUACAUAGACAAGGCGAUGCUGGGAUAUGCAGCUGUCUUCGGGUUGAAAGAAGAUCUGCACCUGAAGGGAGAUGAGUAUAGCUGGCUAGCGAGUAUGUUCUAUUUCGGAUACUUAGCGUUCGAAUCUCCAUCGAGUCUGGUGAUGCAGAAGCUUUCAGUGCCGAAAUGGCUCGCAGCGAAUAUAAUCAUUUGGGGUGGGAUCACAAUGGCUCUCGCAGCAUGCCAUGGGUUCCAGAGCUUUUUGGCCCUGCGGUUCCUGCUAGGAGGCUUGGAAUCGUGCUCCACUCCGGCCUACCUUCUGAUCACGGCUACUUGGUAUACGAUCGAAGAGCAGCCCAUUAGGAUCGGAUGGUGGUCGACCUUUCUGGGCGUAGCCAACUCCUUUGGUGGUCUGUUAGCGUUCCUGAUCGGGCAUAUCCACGGCUCUCUCGCGUCCUGGCAGUACCAGUUCAUCAUUCUUGGCGCAGUCUCGGUGGGAUGGGGAGCCUUCAUGAUGUUCACGCUGGCAGACGGGCCGUAUGAUGCUUCGUGGCUGAGCGAAGAAGAAAAGCAAGUUGUGGUCAGGCGCCUUGGUCCCGCCCAUUCGGGGGAGCCUGUGCACGAGAUUAAGCGGUAUCAGAUCUGGGAAGCACUGACUGACCCCAAGACGUGGCUGUUCUUUCUCUGCGGCGUGUGCACCCAGGUCGUGAACGGGGCCGCCAGCAACUUCGGUAGCCUGAUCAUCGAGGGAUUCGGGUACUCAAACCUCGUGACGACCCUCUUCCAGAUCCCGUACGGGAUGGUCAUUCUCGUCUCCAACGUCUCCGCGAUGUAUCUCCAGCGCUGGCUGCCCGGCCAGAAACGCUGCCUCGUGGCUUGUCUCUACGUGUGUCCGGCCGUGGCAGGGGCAGUGGGACUGCAUACGAUAACCAGGACGCAUUCCAUGGCGUUGCUGGUGUGUUACUGGUUGACGAGUACAUACACCGCCUCGUUCGCGAUGAUCAUGUCGCUCAUCACGGCCAACACGGCGGGCGCAACGAAACGGUCGACGGUCAACGCCGUUUUCUUUAUCGCGUACUGCGUGGGGAACAUUGUGGGUCCGUUCAGCUUCAAGAGUAACGAGGCACCGGCGUAUACGUCGGGCAUUGUGACGAUGCUAGUGGCGUACUGUGUGGAGAUUGUCCUCCUGCUUGUCUUUGCGGCUUACAUGGCGUGGCUCAACAAGCGUAGGGAUACGGUCGUGGCUGCUGAGGGAGUGCGGUUAGAUGAUGCUGCGGAGCAGGUGGAUUUGACGGAUAAGGAGAAUAUGUACUUUCGGUACUCUUAUUAGCUAUAGGGUCCGAUUGUUCUUAUGGGCUAAGGAGAAUGGUCGUGUCUCAUAUAAGUGAGGUAUUCCUGUUGGGUUGGAGGAGGAGAAGCGUGCGCAUAGUAGAA